CCUCAUACCUGGGCAUAAAAGAUAUCAAGAAAUACUUGCGCCUCCUCAGGGGUUGAAAAUCCCGGAUAUUCAUGCUUUGUUCUCCCAUCUGCGAUUUGUAGGCUCCGAGUUUUCGACAGCGGCGUCAUGGUAAUUGAGCUUCAGGCCCACAAGGAAGAGGAAAUGGUGGCCUCAGCCUUGGAGACAGUUUCAGAAAAGGGAUCCCUAACGUCAGAAGAGUUUGCCAAGCUCGUAGGAAUGUCUGUCCUCCUGGCCAAAGAACGGUUGCUUCUUGCAGAGAAGAUGGGCCAUCUUUGCCGAGAUGAUUCCGCGGAAGGCUUGCGAUUUUACCCAAAUUUAUUUAUGACACAGAGCUAAGGGUUUU